CCCAAACACAAGCAACCAAACACUCUCUCUCGCCUUCCUUUCCUUCCCCAAUCCAGUUCCCGCGAUUCCAUUAAUUCCCCCGUGCUCCUGCUCCAAUCCCGCGCCGAGAUCGAAGCACCGGAGCUCCUCCACCAAGCUCGUCUAUCUACUCGACGCGCCGGAGCGGCACGCGGCACCACACCAGCCUGCCCCAUGGGGUGCGUGUUCUCGAGGCGGCACGACGGCGAGGCGGAAGGGGACGAGGGGCCGCGGCCGCGGUCGAUCCACCACCAGUACCAGCAACAGCAGCAGCAGCGGUCGCCGCUCGGGCCCGCCUACGACGCGCGCCGCGGCCGGUACGGACCCGGGGACUACGACUCCGGCGAGCUUGCCAUCCCGCCGCCGCCGCGCAAGCAGCUCCCGUCGCACAAGGUAUCAGAAACAGGUACAUUUCUGGGAAGGGCCAGCAUUGCUGGUCUGGAAAAGGCUGUCGAGGUGCUAGAUACCCUCGGCAGUGGCAUUGCAAGUUUGAAUCAUGGCAGUGGGUUUCUCUAUGGAGGAACAAAUCGAGGAAAUAAAGUUGACAUCUUAGCAUUUGAAGUUGCAAACACAAUAGCUAAAGCUUCUAGUUUGUGGAGAUCGUGCUCUGACGAGAGUAUAAAAGAACUGAAGGAAGAAAUUUUGCAUUCGGAUGGUGUGCGAAUAUUAAUUUCCUCAAAUUCCAGUGAGCUCUUGCACAUUGCUGCUCUUGACAAAAGGGAAGAGCUUGCCAUCUUUUCAAGAGAAGUAAUUCGAUUUGGUGACCUGUGUAAAGAUCCUAUAUGGCAUAACUUGGGACGGUAUUUUGACAAGUAUGCUUCUGAGAAGUUAAUGGCAGAUUUUACGCCCCAGGAUCAUUCAAAAGAGCAUAUGGAAACUACUGUCCAGCACUUGAUUACUUUGGCUCAAAACACUUCUGAGCUUUACCAUGAAUUGCACGCGUUGGAUAGAUUUGAGCAGGAUUUCCAAAGGAAAUUUCAUGAAGAGGAGUCUGUACCAGCAGCUAGACGAGAGAGUGUUAUGAUUUUGCAUAGUGAACUGAAGCGCCAAAGGAAGCUUGUGAAGACUCUGAAGAAGAAAUCCUUGUGGUCCAAACCUUUGGAGGAUAUUGUAGAAAAGCUUGUUGAUAUCGUCAUAUUUUUGCAUAAACAAAUCCGGGAUGCAUUUGGUGAAGCUGUUCCUGUAGGUACCGACUUCAUCGAUUACGAACAAGUUCAGAACAGAAGGCUUGGUCCCUGUGGUCUGGCACUACAUUACGCUAACAUUAUCAAUCAAAUUGAAAAUAUAGUUUCCCGACCACUCUCUCUUCCUCCUAGCGCUAGGGACAAUCUGUACCAUGGACUUCCAAUAACAGUGAAGUCAGCUCUACGAGCACGGUUGCAAUCAUGCAAUACUGAAGAAGAGCGUUCUGUAUCUCAAAUCAAGGCUGAAAUGCAGAAAACCCUUCGCUGGAUUCUGCCAGUCGCAGAAAACACCGCAAGAGCACAUCAAGGUUUUGGAUGGGUCGGCGAAUGGGCGAACUUCGGGAGUGACUUGAACGAGAAAUCAAGUCCCCGGCACAGCGUCACUCGCGUCCAGACGCUUCAUCACGCAGACAAGGCGAAGACGGAGCAGCACAUGCUCGAGCUCGUGGUCCAGCUCCAUCAUCUCGUGGUCCAGGUGAAGAACCGAGGCUACGGGCACAAGUCCGCAAAGCAGGGCCGUUCUCGAUCCCGCAAGGGGCCAUCGGACAUGCAAUCCGAGACCCAGCACAACACGUCUCCGAUCAACAACAACAACGGUGGCAGUACAUGCCCAAGCCCGUUGUCGGACUCGGAACGCGAGACGCUGGACCACCUGAGCUUCAGGAGGACGACGAGCUACGGCAGAAGCAAGAGCUGCGAGCCUCCGCCCGACAGAGGGAACAGGGCGCACCGGAGCUGGGACUCGUGCCGGAGCCACGGCAGCUCUCCGGCGAGGGAGUUCGGUAAGAACUCAGCUUCGCGCCGAGACCAGGCAAGGGAUCUGGAUGUAAUAGAUGGGCUGGACAUACUGAGGACUUCAUCAUUUUGUUAGAGAGAUGUAUAUACAUGCUGCACAGAGUAGGUAUUCUUUUGCCAUCUUCUUCCGGCUCGCCGAUUCUAUAUAGGAGCAGUAUCUUGUAUAUGUGUGAUCUGCCUAUAUUUAUACUUUCUCUUAGUUUAUGUACAUAGUGAAAAAUAUAUAUACAAUAACUUAGUAGUACUGCAGCUUGGUGAUUUGAGUCGAAAUACGUUUAGAAGAUCAAUAGUGAUGCUGCAUGCCUCACUCAAGUAAAAGAAGAAGUGGUUCUUGUC